GGCCGCAGCUGAGUCACUGCCAAGAGCGGGCCCGGCAGGUGGCGGACAGGCUUGUCAGAGCCAGGAAGAGCAGCUGCCGCCGGCGCCUCCGGGAGCUGGCUGAGAGCAAGUCCGCAGGCCCGAGGAGGAGCCGAGGGCAGCGCAGUGACUGUCGCGGGUGUCAUUCUGGACGCAGGAAAAUUCAGCCACCUACCCAAACAAUAUGAAGAUUUCCUAUGUUGAACCUGCCAUUCUCCUUAACUCCUUUGCUCUGUCUUUGAUCUCUCCACUGACGACACAAUACCUGUAUAGGAGAAUAUGGGAAGAAACAAGCAACUACAGCUUUGCCCUUGAUAACAAUAUUUCUGAGUGUGACAAAAACAAAAGCAGCCCAAUUUUUGCAGUCCAGAAGGAAGUUCAGGAAAAAGUGUCUUUAUUUAGCCUACAGAUGGAGAUAAGUGGUUUAAUUCCUGGCCUGUUGUCUACGUUCAUUCUUCUAUCUAGUAGUGAUCGCUAUGGGCGAAAAUUCCCUAUGAUUUUAUCUUCCGUUGGUGCUCUUGCAACCAGCAUUUGGAUCUAUUUGCUGUCCUACUUUGCCUUUCCAUUCCAGCUUUUGAUUGCAUCUACCUUCAUUGGUGCAUUUUGUGGCAAUUAUACAACAUUUUAUGGAGCUUGCUUUGCCUAUAUAGUUGAUCAGUGUAAAGAAUCCAAACAAAAAACAAUUCGAAUAGCUAUAAUUGAUUUUAUGCUUGGACUCGUUACUGGACUAACAGGACUGUCAUCUGGCUAUUUUAUUAGAGAACUAGGUUUUGUAUGGUCAUUUUUAAUUAUUGCUAUAGUUCUUACUGUUAACUUGACAUAUAUUUUAUUUUUACUUGAUAAUCCAAUGAAAGAGUCUUCAACUCAGAAUGUUACCAUAUCAUGUAGUGAAGGCUUUAAAGACCUAUUUUACCGAACUUACAUACUUUUUAAAAAUGCUUCUGGUAAGCAACGGCUUUUGCUCUGUUUGUUACUUUUUACAAUGAUCACUUUUUUCUUCGUAAUAAGUGGCAUUUCCCCAGUUUUUAUUCUUUAUGAAUUGGGUCCCCCACUCUGCUGGAAUGAAAUUUUUAUAGGUUAUGGAUCAGCUUUGAGUAGUAUCUCCUUUUUGAGUAGCUUCCUAGGAAUUUGGCUUUUUUCUUAUUGCAUGGAAGAUAUUCAUAUGGCCGUCAUUGGAAUUUUUACCACCAUAGCAGGAAUGGCCACAGCUGCUUUUGCUAGAACUACACUGAUGAUGUUUUUAGUCCGGGUGCCAUUCCUUUUCACUAUUAUGCCACUCUCUGCCCUGCGAUCCAUGUUGUCAAAAGUAGUCCGUCCUACUGAACAAGGUACCCUGUUUGCUUGUAUCGCGUUCUUAGAAACACUUGGUGGAGUCACUGCAGUUUCUGCUUUUAAUGGAAUUUAUUCAGCCACAGUUGCUUGGUACCCUGGCUUCACUUUCCUGCUGUCUGCUGGCCUGUUGUUCAUUCCAGUGAUCAGUCUAUGGGCUGUCAAAUGCAUAAACUGGAGGGAGGAGAGCAACGCACUUCUUGUACAGGAAGAGUCCAGUGAUGACACUUCAGACAGAUGACUGUGUACAGUGAUACACCCAUCAUAUACUGAGACUCCUGAAGAAUACAGACUAACUGCACGAUCAGUGCUUCAUUAAUAGUCAAUAUUACAUAUCCUUCCUUUCUCAUAAACCCGACAAUCGGAGAAACAGCACCUGGCUUUCGCUUUGAGCACUUUGUGCCCACCAUGCACUCUAUUUCCAACACAAGGAAGAACAAUCCUCAAAACACUUUGCACUUUUGGACUUACAAAGAAACCACAACUAAAAAGUGGAAGGAGGGAUUAAGAAACUGACAUGGUCAAAAGCAAUAAUUUCGCUGACAUACUCUAGUCUCUCAUGCUGAAACCCAAGGAGAAGAUUUUUACCUCAGUUUCUUCACUGGCAAAACAGGUUUCUGACCUGUCUCAGGGAUUUUGAAGGUACAAUGAAAAAUUAUAUUGAGUAACUCAAUGAUAUGAAAAUAAUGGUGUAAAUUACAAAUAUUUAUCAUUUUGUCUAUUCCUGAGUAUUGCUUUGUUUCAUGGAGCCCAUCAAGGUACAAGCAAUAGACAAAGCCUUUAAUAGUACAAGAUUUUUAAAAGAGAAGCACUUUAAAGCAUAAUCAUGUCACACAGGGGUCACUGGGGAAACAUAAGACUAUAGAUAAAACUGUCCUAAAUAAAUUUAAAAUCUGA